AUGAUACAUUCUCCACAUGACACAUGGACACCCCAGUCCUGGUCUACAAAGCCCGUGAUCGCCCAGGCUGUAGAGUAUGAUGACCCGAAAGCUUUGGAAUCGGUCCUGAACACCCUAUCCACUCUGCCGGCGCUUGUCAGCCCGAUGAAAAUCGAGAUUGCCCGUAACAGCUUUGCAGCCGCAGCACGAGGCGAGGCGUUUAUCAUCCAAGGAGGCGACUGUGCAGAGAGCUUCGACGACGUACGCCUGCAUGUUAUCCACCAGAAGAUCAAACUUCUGCAGGAGCAGUCUCAUCUUCUUGUACAAGGUCUUAGUCUGCCCGUUAUAACAGUGGGACGAAUUGCUGGCCAGUACGCAAAACCCCGGUCGUCUCCAUGGGAGACCUUGGAAGACGGUACAAGAACGCACGCUUUCCGUGGGCACAAUAUUAACGGCUCCAAUCUCGGGGAGAGACGCCCUGACCCAUAUCGUCUGCUGCUGGGAGACUCUUACUCGAGGACGACCUUGCAAAUGACCAAAGAUAUUCAAUCUACACCCUCUAGCAUGGGUCGAAACUUCGUCCCUGCGCAGAACUCCUUCCCCUUGACUCCAGAAGAGACAGAUGUUGCAGCAUUACCGACACCCACUGGGACUAUCUUUACAUCCCAUGAAGCGCUUCACCUUCCUUAUGAGAGUGCUAUGACCCGCGACCGUUACAACACCUCGGCCAGUUUUAUUUGGAUCGGUGAACGCACGCGGCAGUUGGACGGGGCUCAUGUCGAGUACAUCCGUGGCCUGCGGAAUCCCAUUGGGGUAAAGAUCGGGCCAAGUACUGAGGGUUCAACACUGGUCGCGCUUCUCAAUACCAUCUGCCCUGAGCCACACCUGUCAGAGAAUGUUGGCCGAGUAACGAUUAUCACGCGCCUCGGAGCAGAGAAGGUCGCCACUCUUCUUCCCCCUCUCAUCAAAGCCGUUCAGGAGGCCGGGCACACGCCCGUCUGGAUGUGUGACCCUUGUCAUGGGAAUACACAGACUACGAAGGCUGGUCUUAAGACACGGCAUGUAGGACGCAUGCUACUAGAAGCCACCCAGACAUACCAAACACAUAGAGAGAGCAACUCUAUUCUCGGCGGGUUACACCUCGAACAAACGGGAGAAUUCGUAACCGAGUGCCAAGACGAUGAUAAUAUGGACCAAAGGAGCGCUCUGGGCAGUAACUACCGCAGUUUAUGCGACCCGCGCCUGUCCAAUGUCCAAGCCUUGAGUCUAGUUCGACAGUUUGUGGAUUUCGUGCGCUACCAGGAAGGGAAAGAAAAGCUUGGAUAUUAA